AUGAAGUCCGUCCUGGUCACGUCUGCUCUAUUUGCUGUGGCUACCGCAAGGUCCACUGGAUCGUUUGGCGGCGCUUCCCAGGGUUGGGGUUGGUCGGGUCCUUAUCCUGGUUCUGGUUCUGGCACCCCGGACGCUCCAAGUCCUGGCAGUACGGCAUUCGACCCUCUGGAACACCUCGGUGGCAACAGUCCUUACUUUGAAGGUCCAAACGUCUUCGGCAUAUCAGCGACAGUCCCGGAUGAAUGCAAGGUCGACCAAGCAGUCUAUAUCACUCGUCAUGGAAGUCGAUACCCAGACCCGGGUGCAUACAACGGCUGGGUGACUCUGUACAACAAGAUCCAAAACGCAUCAUUCCAGGCGACAGGGUCUCUUGCGUUUCUCCGUGACUGGAAGCCUGUCCUCGACAAUCCCAGUCUUGAACUCAGUCAAGUCUCGCCUGGAGGCUACGACGAGCUCUAUCACUACGGCGUCGAGCUGAGGACUCGAUACCCCGGCUUCUAUCAAUACGGCGCGCCUUUCCGCGUGUGGACCAACGACUAUCCGCGGACUAUUGACAGUGCCAGACUAUUUGCUCGCGGCUACAUUGGCCCCAACUCAACCUCACUUGGCACCGUCUACGCAAUCAAUUCAAAGGCCGCCUCCGCGGUGGGAAAUUCCCUGGCCACUUCAGAUUCGUGUCCUACCUUCGCAGACAGUUCCGGCUCAGGCUACGCUGACGUCUAUGACAACGUCUAUCUCCCGCCGAUCGCGACCCGCCUCAACGCGUUGCUCAAGGGAAACCUGAACCUCACGGCAAGCGAUGUCAGCAAAAUCCCUUAUCUGUGCGGCUUUGAGAGCCAGAUCCUGCGCAGUAUCAGUCCCUUCUGCGCAGUGUUUACCGAGCAGGAGACGCUGCAGUACGAGUACCGCCAGGACCUGCGCUACUGGUACGGCACGGGACUCGGAGCGUAUAAAAACGCGUCUGUCCAACUUCCUUUGCUUCAGGGGGUGGUCGAUCUUCUUUCCUCGGGUCCAAAGACAUCGGUUGCAGGGUCUACACAUGGGAAUGACACCCUAGGUCCGCUGACUGUGGCCUUUACGCAUGACAAUCAGAUCAACGAGCUGGCUUCUAUACUCGGCAUAUUUGACCAGCAGAAAGCCUUGCCGUCAACGUCGAUAGAUCGCAAUCGGAUCUACGUCAGUAGCCGGAUCACACCCAUGCGCGGCACUGUGGCGUUCGAACGUCUAAACUGCUCCAACAAUCUCUACGUGCGCAUCCUCCUCGAUGAUGCGGUCUAUCCGGUCCCAGCAUGCAGAUCAGGUCCCGGCUCGUCUUGCCCGCUGCAACAAUACAGGGACCAGGUCGUCGCGGGGAAAUGGGCCGAAUUCGGCUCCUUCUCGUCGGUGUGUCAUCUACCGAGUCAGAAUGUCACCACCGGACCGGACGGAGCGGUCACUUUCUUCACGAAUCUGGCGUCGAGUGCGAUUAGGAGCGUGGUGCCUUGA